CCCAUGGUUUGGUCGCGAUGGUGGGAAUAAGCAUUUCGUUGACCAGCAUAAGGCUAGUUCGUGUUAGGUAACCUGUUGAUUACAGUUUCAACGUUGCAUUUCUUAUAAACAAAGGGUACUUUUUCUCCGUAAUAGAGAAUACUGUAACAACUACCACCAGUCACCAGCCCAGAUUUCCACCCACAUAUAUAUAUAUAUAUAUAUAUAUAUAUAUAUAUAUAUAUUGGAUUGAUGAUUAAAAUCACUCAACAAGCUAGAAGGAGAGCAAAGAAAAUCAAGCAGAGAUUAGAACUCAACUAUGGAGGAGAACAAAUUUUGCCCAUCGGAGACUGCAGGGAAACCUAUAAGAUGUAAAGCUGCAAUAAGCAGAAUCCCAGGAGCGCCUCUUGUAAUAGAAGAAAUUGAAGUCUCCCCUCCAAAAGCUUGGGAGGUUCGGAUCAAAGUACUCUGCACAUCCCUUUGUCAUAGUGAUGUUACCUUCUGGAAAUUGAAUGCUGGACCAGCCGCUCUUUUUCCAAGGAUUUUCGGGCAUGAAGCUGUUGGUAUUGUUGAUUGUGUGGGAGAGCAUGUGGAGGAAGUAAAAGGAGGAGAUUUAGUGUUGCCAGUGUUUCAAAGGGAUUGUGGGGAAUGUUGGGAUUGCAAGUUCUCCAAGAAGAGCAAUGUUUGUUCCAAAUUUGCUAAGCCAGUGUACCAUGGCAUGCCAAGGGAUGGAACCAGCAGAUUCAAGGACUUGAACGGAGAGGUUUUGUAUCAUUUCUUGAAUGUGUCCAGCUUCACCGAGUACACGGUGGUGGAUGUCACGCAUGUCGUGAAGAUCAACCCUGACAUUCCGAUCGACAAGGCCUGCUUGCUCAGUUGUGGAGUUUCUACCGGUGUUGGUGCAGCUUGGAAGGUUGCAGAGGUGGAAGAGGGGUCGACAGUGGCAAUCUUUGGGCUUGGAGCUGUGGGACUUGCGGUUGCAGAGGGAGCUAGGGUUCGUGGAGCAGCAAAGAUUAUAGGUGUUGAUUUGAAUCCUGGAAAGUUUGAAACUGGGAAACAAUUUGGAAUUACUGAUUUUAUUAAUCCUACCGUCUGCCUCGGAAAAUCAGUGAGCGAGGUUAUAAAGGAAAUGACAAAUGGGGGUGCUGAUUAUUGCUUUGAGUGCAUUGGGUUGGCAUCAGUGGCGCGAGAUGCUUUCAGUAGUUCUCGACCGGGUUGCGGAAAGACGGUGGUAUUGGGGGUGGACGUGCAGAGCUUGUCAAUAAGCAUCAACUCCUUGGAGUUACUCGUGGGUAGAAGUGUUGUGGGGUCACUAUUUGGAGGUGUCAAACCCAAAUCUGACAUUCCCAUUCUUGCCAAUAAAUAUCUCAACAAAGAACUUAAUUUGGAUGGGUUUAUAACACAUGAAGUGAGCUUCAACGAUAUUAACAAAGCUUUCGAUUUACUACUGAAUGGGAAGAGCAUACGAUGCAUCAUAUGGAUGGAUGAUUAAAGUGGUCCAUCCCUGUGCCUUUCAAUGGCACUUCAAAUUAUUAUUUUUUCACUAAUUCAAGUGAAUGAUAUUGUAGUAUAUAUGUAUAUGAAUUCAUCAUAUAUAUCAUAUAUGCAUUAUUAUCUUGUGGGUGUA